GGCGACCCUCGGAUUUUCAACAUUAGGCAACAACUUUAUACAAGCAAAGCAAAAAAUAAAGGUCGUAAAAGUGACUGCGUAAGUGUAAAACAGCUCGAAACAGCAAUUUCAGUGACGCAAUGGACACAUCUGAGGAGACAGAUGACCAAACGGAUGCAGAGCAGAGUUUUUUCCCCACUGCUGUAUCAGAAGAGGAGCUGGUUGAGGCCAAAAGAAAAAACAGCCUAAAACGGCUGUUUGGCUCCAGUAAAAUAUUUCUUCACACAGAAAAAUCCUGUCAAAGACCAGACCUGCAGGGCAGCCUCAUCAUUCAGAGCAAGGCCGCUGAGCAUUAUAUAAAUGGGGAAGAGGCAAUGGGGAAGUCUCAGUAUGAGAGGGCUGUCAUCUGCUUCUCCAAAGCCAUCACUCUGCAGCCACAACAGGUUCAGCUAUAUGUGAGCCAGGCAGAGGCCUACCUACAGCUGUGUGACUUCCAGUCAGCAGCAGCCUGUUACAAACAGGCCUGGCUCUUGGAGCCUGGAGCCUUCGAGGAUCGUUUGGCCUUCAUUUACUAUCUGCAGGGUCAGUGUUUGUUCGACCAAGGUUUUUUUGUAGAUGCACUGGAGGCUUUCAGCAAAGCUGCUGAGGUGAAACCGGGUUGCAGAGCUCACAAGGUCAGAAGCUUGGCCUGUCUGACAGCUUUAGGUCGCCACACUGACUGUCUGAAGCUGGUAAAUGACUGGAUGGCAUCAGAAGGUCCCACCUCUGACCUAUACAUCCUCAGAGCCCGACUGCACAAAGAGCUUAACAAGACAUCAGUUUGUUAUCAUGACGUGCAGUUGGCGUUGGCGUUGAACCCGACCUGUCCGGUGGCUGGAGCUCUGCAACUCCAGCUGCGGGAAGCGAGUGAACAGGCGAGACAAAGGGCUGUGGACAAAGCUUUGUGUGGAGAGUUGCCUGAAGCCCUUUGCAUGAUUAAUAUCGCUCUAGCCAACAGCCCAGAGGACGGAGGCCUCUACCUGUUCAGAGGGACUCUGUAUAGACGGAUGAAGAACUUCAUACCAGCCAUUGAGGAUAUAAUCCAGGCUGUGGAGCUGAGUGGAGAAGAGGAGAAGGAGGGACAGCAGGAAAUCAGGAGUCAGAAGGUGGAGGUCAGAGAUGAUAAGGCUGAGAGUUGCUCUGUGCAGGAGGAGGCGCAGUUUCAGCUGGCUCUCAUCUACAAUGAUUUUGCCGUUCAGUGCUUUUGCAAAGGUCUCUACGCAGAGGCGACUCUGCUUCUCAACAAAGCCAUUGAGGAAGAGAAGGGCCAGGCAGGCCUGUACGUGAACCGAGGAGACUGUUUCUUUAAGCAGAGUUAUUGGCACUAUGCUCUGGCUGACUACCGGCAGGCUGAGGAGAUGAUGCAGCCAAAAGACCCUGCUGUCCGCCUCCGCCUCGCUGUCAUUUACAACACGCUGGGAUCUUUGUGUUUCCAGGAUGGGCGUUUCCAGGAGGCAGUCGAUAUGUUUUCUCUGGCCAUCCAGCACAACCCCGCCUCUAGCCAUUACUACGAAAGCAGAUCGAAGGCUUUUCGAAAGCUGCUGAACCUGAGCGGGGCCAGGCAGGACUUCAUCUGCAUGCUGAUUCUGGACCCCACCCACGAGGAGGUGGCUGCUAUGCUUAUGAGUCUGUUCCCUGGCUGCAGGGUCUCUGAUGUAUUGUCCAGCCCAAAAGGACAAGCGAUCAGAGCUCAGCUGAUGGAAACCAUGCAGAGCUGUAGCUCCUCCUCUGAUCCACAAAGACUGAGUGAGAAGCUCUGCAACAUGACUCUCACUAAUGAGAGCACAGCGAGCCAAUCAAAAGAGCCAAGUAAAGAAGGCAAGGAGCUGGAGCUGUGUGUGAACAAAGAGGAGAUGCAGAUAACUGUGAGGAGCCUCCUCCAGUGACUUCACAGCUGUUCUGUGUUAUUGUGCAGCAGGUCAGCCGUUCAUUCCUGACACUGCAUCGCUAAACCACACUGGGACGUGUCUCACUACACACCACCUACCAUCCAUCAGUGCGUCUGUAAACAUGAGAGGAUGCAGUGCUGCAGAGUUGGCCUGUUUGGGUUCCACAUCUGAGAAAUGACAGCAGGAAUACAGAGAGUGGAACAACCAUCA